AUGCGCCUCAUAAAUGUCCGCACGAUUCAAUUGGAGGAAGUCUACAACAGCAGGACUCACCGGUAUGCCAUACUUUCGCAUCGAUGGGAAGAGGAAGAAGUCACCUUCCAAGACAUGAGCUCCCCCAAGACCUUUGGCAAGAAAGGCUUCUCCAAAAUCCAGUCGGCUUGUUGGGUUGCCCGUAACAAGGGACUUUCCUACCUUUGGGUCGAUACCUGUAGCAUUGACAAAUCGAGUUCUGCCGAGCUAACGGAAAGUAUCAACUCCAUGUAUCGGUGGUACCAAGAUGCGGAAAUUUGCUUUGCCUAUCUAACGGACGUCGAGAUUCAUAAGACCGAGAUGAAGGACAGUGUGUGGUUCACGCGGGGAUGGACACUCCAGGAAUUGAUUGCCCCUAAACACGUCAGCUUCUACGAUCGAAACUGGGUCUUUCUGGGCACCAAGGAUAACCUGGCUGGGGAGCUAUCAAGAAUCACUGGCAUUGACAGAGAUGUCCUUCUUGGUCAGAGACCCCCCUCGAGCUGUUCGAUAGCUCAGCGGAUGUCGUGGGCCUCCAAACGCUCGACAACCCGGGUUGAGGAUCGAGCGUACAGUCUCCUGGGUAUUUUCGAUGUGAGCAUGCCCAUGUUGUACGGCGAGGGCGAAAGAUCGUUCACAAGGCUUCAAGAGGAGAUCAUCAGACACUCGGACGACCAAUCCAUCUUCGCAUGGGAUCGUGGCCUGGAUGGCUAUUUCGGCGGGCACAAUGGUCUUUUGGCAACCUCCCCUUCGCACUUUGUCACUUGCCAGAACGUCGUCAUCCCUGCCUCCUACGGCCUACCAGUCACCACUGGCUUCGCGCUGACCAAUGUGGGAAUCUCGAUUUCCUUGAUGACCCUUCCGUGGGCGAUGGAGACGUACCUCUGUAUCCUGAACUGCAGCCUCAAAGACUGUCCUCAAUAUCGCCUGGGUAUCUUUCUCGAGCGACUCUCAUCGUCUCAAAAUGCAGAGCAAUAUGCACGGGUGCAGAUCGACGGCGCCACCGUGCUGCCAAUUCUGCUUCGCACGAUCUUGGACGACUCCUACGGCCGUGUUCGCACCGUCCACGUCCGACCUCACAUCUCCGAUGAACCGCUCCGCCGCUGGUAUGGCUUUCGUCUUCACAGCUUCACUCUGCCAGAAUACACGAUUGAUGAGAUCUAUCAGGCGAGGUUCCAUUUUCGCAACACUUUGCCGUCGAUAAGUCGGUACAGCGCCGAGGAGAUGCGGGCGGCGAAGCAAUACCACCCGAAUGGACUUCUCGGUCUGCCUCCCCGACCGCUCUUCUUUGCCAUGCCACGAGCCAGAGGAGGCUUGCUGAGCAUCAGGGGCACCGCGGCCGUCAUCUACGUCCCGCCUUCGCGAAAGGACAAGAAUGGCGAGCGCAUCUGCUGGAUGAAGUUUGGAUUCGACGAAGAUUUCCGCCCUGUGUGUAUCUUUGGCCGCCGGAAGUCGCUCUGGGGCGGCAACGCCGCACACCUCGCUGUUGACGAGGACUCGUACUACGACGCCGAAGAGACUCCCGGGGCCCACGCCCUCCUGUUCCGUCACGACUGGAUCAACAGAUACCAGUGCUCGAGCGACCAGGAGAUCGCGGCGCUGUGGCAGAAGCGCGACUUUUGCGUCCUCAAGGGCGUCAAGGACUGGGGCAUCGACAAACAGAUCCCCUUUCUCCGACUGCGCGUCCUGGUCCGCCUGGAGAACAUCCCCGCCAACUUCCCGCCGGACGGACGGCCCGACUCGCCAUCGCCGGGGAUGAAUGUGUGGACGAUAAACGUGGAUUCCUGGAAGUACUCGGGCGACAAGGAAGGGAUGAAGACGGCCAUGGGGACCGGGGAGUUUGUGCUGCGCUCGCUCGACGACAUAUUUGCCGCGGUUUAG